GGUGCAGACAUCUGUUCCGAAGCGAGAGGAGAGCGGCGGCCGCGUCCCUGCGCUUCUUCUCCCCGCUGCUGCAUCACUGUCUGACGGAGCGGAGCCGCAACACACCCGCCGCUCACACGCCGCAGAGACUCGCUCGGUGUUUGUAGCUGAGGUUUGUGGCUCGUUUGAAUUCGACGGGGUGUCAGCUCGUCAGUAUGACCGCCCUGUCGCUGCUGCUGCUGCUGCUGGCCGUGUCGGCCGCGUCGGUCCUGGCCGAGUCCUCUGUGUAUCUCCGAGAGCAAUUUGAAGAUGGAGAUUCUUGGACGAGUCGCUGGGUGGAAUCCAAGCACAAGACAGACUACGGCACGUUUGUCCUGACGGCAGGGAAGUUCUAUGGAGAUGCAGAGAAAGAUAAAGGUCUGCAGACAAGUGAGGACGCCCGCUUCUACGCCGUGUCAACCCGUUUUGAUGACUUCAGCAACACGGGCCAGUCUCUGGUCAUCCAGUUCACGGUUAAACAUGAGCAGAGCAUUGACUGUGGUGGAGGCUACAUUAAACUGUUCCCCUCCUCCCUCAGCCAGGAGGCCAUGCAUGGGGACUCUGUCUACAACAUCAUGUUUGGUCCUGAUAUUUGUGGCCCUGGCACAAAGAAGGUUCAUGUUAUCUUCAACUACCAAGGCAAGAACCAUUUGAUCAACAAGGACAUCAGAUGCAAGGAUGAUGAGUACAGCCACUUGUACACGUUGAUCGUCAACCCUGACAACACCUACGAAGUCAAAAUCGACAAUAAGAAGGUUGAGUCUGGCAAUCUGGAGGAAGACUGGGACUUCCUGCCCCCCAAAAAAGUUAAGGACCCAGAAGCCAAAAAGCAAGAGGACUGGGACGACAGGGAGCAGAUUCCCGACCCUGAUGAUAAGAAACCAGAGGACUGGGACAAACCUGAGAACAUCCCUGAUCCUGAUGCAAAGAAGCCCGAUGACUGGGAUGAAGAGAUGGAUGGAGAAUGGGAGCCACCCAUGGUCACUAACCCCGAUUACAAGGGAGAGUGGAGGCCCAGAGAAAUCAGCAAUCCUGCCUACAAGGGCAAGUGGAUCCAUCCUGAGAUUGAGAACCCGGAGUACACAGCCGAUUCUGAGAUCUAUAAAUAUGACAGCAUUGGUGUGAUUGGACUGGACUUGUGGCAGGUCAAAUCUGGUACGAUCUUUGACAACUUCCUGAUCACCAAUGACCCAAACCUGGCAGAGGAAGUAGGCAACGACACAUGGGGAAAAACAAAGGAUGCAGAGAAGAAGAUGAAGGAAAGCCAAGAGGAGGAGGAGAGAAAGAAACGGGAGGAGGACGACAUGAAGAAGACAGAAGAGGCAAAGGAAGAGGAGGAGGAGGAGGAAGAAGAGAAAGAUGAGGAUGAAGAGGAGGAGGAGGAAGAAGAGGAGGAGGGGGAAGAGCAGGAGGAAGAGGAGGAGGAGGAGGAGGAUGAUGGCACAGACUCUAAACUCAAGGAUGAGUUAUAAACUGCUGAGAAAAGAACCUGACUGUGUGAGUCAGUAAGCCAAUCAGAACACGGCUGGUGAAUGAGAUGAUCGACCCUCGUGACUGAUACCGUGGG